UAGAAAGUUUCGACGCACGGGUUCGCGCCAUUCGCUGAUGAUCCGCCAUCCGGUGCGGUCGUACUUCUCAGAAAAGCCAGUGCUCGCAACAUCGAAACCCAGCAGUGGCACAGCAGUGGGCAGUGUUGUGCUGUAUACAAUUCACCGUGGUGUGUAGAAGUGACUCCGACACCGACUGAGAACAAACGUGCAUGAGAUGAACGUUCAACCGUUGAUCCGUCCAGCAAGGAAAAGCAAAGAAAAAGGAAACAAAAACCCACAAAAUUAAGUGUGCUACAACAGGUGAAAACUACGAGCGGUGGCCACUCACAGCUGAAGAAGGUUUGGGGUGAAAUUCCACGCGUGCGUGUGUUUUGCUGUGUCUCUGUGUCUGUACACAAGAAAGUGUGUAUGUGUGUGCGAGUGUUUCUUUUUCCCCUGUGUGUUCCCCAGUGUGUGCGCGACUCCUUCCAGAGGGAGCCGAUUGGUGAAGAUCGGUGGAGAGAUUUGUGGCUGGGUUGACCGGCGCACCGAACGGAAGUGAAGUGGGUCACGGUGCAGGAGGCGUCCGUGUGUACGUGAGAGUGUGUGUGAAAAAAAGGAUAAAACUUCACGCAACUCGUGCCAUUCUAAGCGUGAAGUUGGCGCUGUAACGCGGCUUGAAUGUUUAAACAAGUGCGGAAACUCAACGCUCCUCCUUCUCGAUCGAUCAGUUGCAGUGGAGUGAUCAGAACCUAGACGUUUCCGGGUUUGCAUAUUUAGUGUAGCCAUAAGGAGCAUACGAUUCCGGCAUUACCAGUGGUCCCAUCAUCCAGCACGUACAAGUUUGCCAACUUGAAGGAUGGGAAAACGAACCCACCUGCUCCCGCUGGGAGUGACACUGGGAUUGUUGCUACUUACCACCACAAUCGCCUUCGUCCAUGCGUACACCUUCGACGAUGAUUUCGAGGAUCUGAUCGCGGAAGAAUCGAACGUCGACGAGGAACUGCUGCCCGGGUCAGUUCUGUUACCAUCGGACGUGUUUAACGACGGCAAACCAUUCCUAGUCGAUCGUGACCCAUCGACGGGUGCGAUCGAUUUUCUGCACAAGAAAACGGGCAACCAGAUCGAACUCGGUGACAGCAAACCGUACGAACCGAUCAAGGAUAGCUACGUGAGCGACAAGAAAGAUGUGAUCAUACACCAGUCGACGCCAAACUUUCACGACUUUCUCAAUCUGCCCAAGAUGUACUCGCCGGAGAACUUCGUCUCGAUAUCGAGCUCGUACGCGAAUCUGAAGUAUCAGGGCAUUAACAAGGGUUCGAACCAUCGCGAACAUGGUAACACACACAUUGUAGCUGCGACAUCGGCUACUGCUGCACCUACCACGACAAGCACCACAACGACUCCACCGACUUCGACAAAGUAUUUCUACAAUAGACCACAGUACACGGUGGGUAACUACAACCGACCCGGAGCUGGAUCGGGCAGCCCGAACGCAUACUAUAGCUUCCCUGCAACGUCGGGGCGACCGAUCACGACACCGACUACGACGACAACGACGACCACGACUACCACAACGACACCGGAACCGACUACGACCACGACAGAAUCAUCAAGAACUACUGCCAAUUCACAAAAGCAGCUAUUCACGCGCUAUCCAUACAAGAGCACUAUCAAGAACAAGUACCUCGAGACAUCCGAACAGACGCGUAAGAAGUUCUUCCUUCCAUCGACACUUGCUCUGCCUGGUCCAACAACUACGACGACCGAACGUGCUCCUUCCACACCGAUGCGAUCCUCUACCUACUACUCUCCAUCCGUAAGACCACACUGGCCCUCAACGUAUCAAACUACAACGACAACACAAAGCACCAUCGCCGUGUCCGCUUCUACUGCACCCGCCAAUCCGGUUCGCUUCGUAGACGAUGCGGUAGAUCCACCAAAGAUCAAGUUCACCAUGCCCGCUCUUAAGUACGAAGGUUCCAGACCAGCACCUUUCCGACCGAUGCCAUCACAGGCGGAAGGAACGGUUCCGGAUCGCGAAACGACGUCUAGCACUUCCAGCAACACCAAGAUCGAUUUGCCUAAAAAUCCAGCCGUCAUGUCACUUUCUGAUAUCUUCAGUACGCUCGAACAGAAGAAGCGUCUCGAAUCGCAACUGGCGGAAAGCAACCGUGUUGAGGAGGUGGAAGAACCGGAACAGGAACAAGAUUUGCCAACGACACCACCUGCGAUUGUGCUGCUAAAUGAUGGUUCGGCCGGAUCGGUGACCAUUGGAUCUAGUGGUCCACGAAUUGAACAAUCGAUCGACCUGUCUGAUCAGUACGUACGAUACGAAGUUCAUCCACAGGCCCAAGCUCCACCGAGUAGACCAUCGUUGGUGCAAACGCAACACCAACAGCAACAUCAGCAGCAGCACCAGCCGCAAUACAACCAGUACCAGGUGCAUCAAUCAAACGGACACCGGCCACAACCUCCAGCGAUGGAUGUGGUGGGCGGACAGUACGUGAAGUAUGAGGUACAACAACCGCAGCUCAACGUGGUGAAGUAUGGAGCCGUCCCAAGCAUGAAUAAUGUCGUCAUUAGUCCGAACCAAAACUCGGCUACCUUUGUCCUGGGAUCGCAGCAAUCCGUCGGUAGCAGCAUUGGAUCGUCGGGCCGUCCCGAGGGUGUAGGCCAUUUUGUGGGCUCGGUGUCACAAGAUACAGCUUCGGCGGCAGCCCUGAGCGCCGGUCGUCCCUCCUAUCAGAUGGGACAGGUACUAGAUGAGCCACACGAUCAAACCAACAUUGGAGCGUCAGUGCAGGUACAGGUAAAACCGCAAGACAUCAUCAAAACAACGAGUGUUCGGUUCCCUAGCGAGUCGGACGACAAGUACGAUAACGCGCCCAUCAUCAGUGGUACACACAAAUCGGAAGUGUUGCCUCCGAACGGUCACUCAGCACCGGUACGCAACGAUCAGAUGGUUGUUUUCCCUCCGAACCAAGAAAUCGCCAGCACGUUGCAUGAGGUGUCGAACCGCAUUGUGUUUGACUCGCCUGCACCACCGAGCGAAUCGCUUAAUCGCAACGAACUAGCAAUCGCCCCGAAUCCGAACUAUCCGGCAGACUUACCGGAACAGUUGACGCCUCCUACCGCUCCCGAGCGACCUGAUCUGAUUAAACAACGACCUCGGCCACCGGUACCAGCUCAAGGACCACCGUUCCGGUACAGCGAAAUACAGCGCCGUCCCUCAACGUAUCCAAGCGAUCGUCCAUCACGGCCAACACUUACACUGCCGAAUAUUCUACCACAAUUCCGACCGAAUGCGAAGAUUUCACAGGGCCAUCCACCAUACAUGAAGGAACCGGGCACGUAUCGUGUUCCUCCUUCAGCGAUGCUCGUUAAGGCAGGUCCGCCAUUACGCAAACCUGCCGGUUAUAACGUUCCCAACAGUCUGCCACCGACGACAGCAGUCCGAAGAACGCCACUUCCAACGCGUCUAAUGACACGCCUUAGCCCAGCACCUAGCCGUCCUCAGAUGCAUCCAGCAUCGGCCGAGCUGGAGAACCGUCGCUACUAUCGACUACCACCACCACCGCCAACAAUGAUUAAGGAUCGCGUGUACAACAUUCAACCGCCCCGUCUUCAGCCUCCUCCACUUCCGCCCCAACCGUCCGGAAGCCCGACCAACAUCAUACCGCCAGCAGUUACUUCCUCGGAGAAACCAAACGAACCAUUAGAGGACAGCGAGUUCCAUCGCAAUCCACCACAGAUUCUGCGCAACAUACUGAAGGACGAUCAACAGCAGAGACCCAAACUAGAACCCGUCGUAACGCUACAGAUGCUACAGUCGAAGAAGCAGGCAUCGUCCAGCAACUCUCCGGCCGCACAAGAUUCACUGGGUGAGGAAAGCAAUAACGUUUUGGCUGGAUCUUCACAGUCUCAGCAGCAGGAAAACGUUAACAAAGAUCGCCCAGUUUAUGUGGUAUAUCCGGUUAAGAGUACACCUGUACGAUUGGACAGCAAAGCACCAAACGGUGAUACAAUCGUGGUUGGACAUCGUGGAGAGCAACUGCCAUCGAAACCGAUCAGUCCUGGUACGGAGUAUCAAAACACACCCUUUUCGAUUGCGUCUCACUUUGAGCAGGAACCAAUUCUAACGGCUAAACACAGGAAACCAAACCCCAACGGUAAAGUUAAUUUCCCCUACAGUCUUGAGAAACCGGACCCUUUCGCAUUGGCACAGCAGCUCGAUAAAGAACAAUCAGCUGGCCAACCAGCACAGGAUCUUUCGGAAUCGGACUCCGAGUAUAAUCUUGGUGAAGAACCAACGAAUGUGCGUGACCAGGAUCAGGACCUGAUCUCGAGCAAGUUGCAACGUUUCCAGACGGACAGUACACCGAUUGCGAUCGCUUACACACCGACAGAGUCCAGUCCGUUGGGGUCUAACAGUAUGCGGUACAGCAAACCGGUAGGUGGAUACGGAUCGGCAGCCAGCAAUUACUACUAUUCGCCGUACGGUGAAACACAGACGGAAGUGUCCUAUCUGAAGAUUGACGAUGUAGAUGAGUUUGGCAAUCCUUCGCGACGCUACGAACAGAGUUUCCAGGCACCGUUCCAAGCUAGUAUGAGUCUCGAUCCGGUUAAAGUAACCAAUCCCUACGAAGGAUGGGCCGUAGUAACUUCUUCUCCACAGGCACUCAAGCUCCAACAGCAGCAAACAGUGAACAAACCCGAACCAGCUCCUGUCCGUCAGUACAACAGUCCGAACACGAUCGAUCGUUCGGAUGUCGGUGACACAACCUCGACGGGUACUGGGGAAGAUAGUGCUGAUCGUUCACCAUCCGCACCGGUUACUGUAUCUUCCGCAUCUACCACCACCUUCGAUCCGAACAGUUUCCAGCCGGAGCUGCAGGGAGGAUUCCGUCCAAUUUACGGAGCGGAUAUGAAGUUGAGCGAGCAGCUCAAUCCUGAUCCGCAGCGAUCGAGCGUAGCCGAUCUGUUCGCUGAAGACAAUGAGAAUGAAACAGUUAAAGCGCCGCAGAACAUUACGACUAAACUUCAACCAGUAGAAUCGAAACCGAAAAUAGUGAAAAAGGAAGAACCGGACAGUGGAAUGGAUCUGGAUCUGGAGGCAUUCUUUGAUCAGUUCACGAAAGACUAUGACGAUGGAGAUACCGGUCUGGAUGAUGUGACCAUGAGCGAAGAAACUACGAACGAAGCAUUGCCGGGCAGUGACGAAAGUCAGUACCGUAGCGCUAGCGAAGGACGAAGCAGUAAGGGAACGGCAGAAGAGCCAAGUGUAAGCUCCUCGUCGGAAAGUGUCACUGAUAGCGCUGCUACAGUUAAGACGGCGGAAGAACCCGUCACGAAAGCGACGUGAGCUUUGCCGAAGAACAAGCCUUUAAUGACUCGUAUCCUUAGGGUAAAUCCGCUAGUACCGUGCAUGAAUGAGACAAUGAUUGGUUGGUAAUGCUAGAGCGCGCGAGAUGUACGGAUGAAUGCGAACCUGGGGAUGUAGAAGUGGUACAUAAGCAGGUGGGGUUUUGGGAUUUUGCAACGAAAAGAAAAUGAACCGAAAUGAAGACAGCCAACCGACAACAGGAGAGCACAGCCGUUGACAAACCUUAACUCCUCCAAACCAAUAGGAUCGUGCAGAUGAUGAUGUAGGGGCCGGCACAGUGUGACCGGCAGGUCGCAAUCCGCCCGGCGGUACCGAAUUCUUGAGUAUCUAAUGUUAAGCAACACCGGCCACCAUCUUACAAGGCUGCCAUCGCAAAACCGAAAGUAAGAGGCCGACGCCGUUGGACGAUGGUGCAAACGCUAGUCAAUAAAACGGCUGCCACAAUCCAAAACCUGCACCAGAAAGCAACGAAACAACGAAAUUCAUACGCUAAAAACACAAACACACACAAUGGCCAUCAAUGCGUGUUGGUGGCUACUAUUUGUCUAUAGUGUAAGAAAGAAGGAAGGAGCUUAAUAUUGGAUACUUGAUACUAGAGAGACAGGCAAUUCCCAACCAAACGUGGUUCUCGCUGCGUAGUGUUGGAAUUGGGAUAUUCUUUAAUAACUCGAACGACAGUGUACCAACAUUUGGUUGAAUCCCUGCAAAACAAAAAAUGCCUCCCUUUUGUCCUAACCACAGGUUAAUAGACAUGUAAGAUACAAAUUCCAUUCUGACCACACGCUAACGAUAAAGUGUUACAAGAGGAUCGUAUCAGCUCCUGGACGAGCAAGCGAGAAUAUUCAUUUAAAUUAAAUUAUUUAUUUAUUUAUUGAACUAAAACAAACUAAAACCCGAACGACUUCAAUCGAGCUCUGUAAAAGAUGUAAUGCGGUUGAUUCAACUGAAUUUUCCCUUUGCGCAAGUUAUUCAAAAUGGAAGCUGAUCUUCUUGAUGUGGAUCAAAUUGAGCGGAAGCUAGAUUAAAAUACAGCUUAAGUAACACGUCUGUAAAUGCUUGAGGUCCGUGAGGUGGACCGCAAGUGGGAAGCAGCAAGUGUACGGAGGUAGAAAAAGAUAAGUACAGUAAAACCUUCACUAGCCAGUAAGUUGCUGAUCGGUAACCGCAUAGAGAGAACGGUUAUGUACUGUGUAAGACGUAAAUAAUGAGACAAUAAAGAGAAUCAAAAAACUAAAA